UCUUGUGAAGGAGCUAUCGCAUACAUGGAAACACUAGGAUGGUGUGACUCGAAAAACGUGCAGAACGGAGAGUCAAACCUGCCCUUCCAAGUUAACUCUGACGGAAGCAGCUCCGAGAUCUUCAGCAUCACUAAGGCCAACGUGAGUGGACUGUGCUCCCUGCGCCGCUCCAAGUCCGCUUCCUUCAACGCUGAUCAGAGUGUGCUCACCGGUUCAGUUGUGGAAAACGCUCGUGCCAACGCCGACUACACGGUAACCUUUGCCAGUGUUGGAGAAGCUCCAGCCCAGACUGUUUCUGGUCAAGUUGUAGAGCGUGUGGACAAGUUGUUCGCCGAUAUCCAGAUCAACUUGUUAAACCUUGUGCCUCAGAACAUCGCCAGCUACAGCGCAAGAUCGGGUCAUGACCUGCUUGAAACCGCAAGCAACUUGGAAGGCAAUGAUAUGGAGGGCGUUCACAGCGCCGGCUUCAGGAAGGCUUUGCGAGAGAUCGUGGAGAAAACCAUGUCUUCCAACGUCAAGGUGCAGAUUAACAAGUCCAUCCAGGAUAUGAAGAAUGCUUGAUCUUCUAACGUGAGUUUACAGAGAGACAAA